GUUUUUUUCUGCCAUUGAGCAGAGAUACUCCCUGUAUUUUCCUUUUUGCGUGAUUCUACCGCUGAAAUCACUCAGGGAAUAUUUAUUAAUUAUAAAAAGAUAUGCCGGUUUAUGAUACGUUUACCUUCAGCAGAUUAAGAAGACAGACUUCAUAAUGGUGCUGAUUCUGAGGACAGAGAUGAGUCUUCUGCUGCUUCUUUUCUUACCUUGGGUGGUCUCUGCGGUAUUUCAGAUUGAAAACUUGGAUUGCCUCAACGACUAUGUAAACGAGAUGUUUUGCUUCUGGGAGAUUAUUCACUUUAGCGGGAGAUGCGCUGAUCAGUUUCGACUGACAUUCACUGAUGAGGAAUCAAAAGUGGAUGACUGCAUCCCAGAAAACAUGCGAGGAGCAAAUGGUUUCAUAUACCCCAAUAAAUGUAUCUGCUACAUUCCUGUUGAUUUCUUUGUAGUAUCUACCUUCUACAACAUUGAGGUGAAGGCUAAUGGAGAAGUGCUUCAAAUCAAAGAUAUAAGACCAUAUCAAAAAGUUAAGCCAAGAAGCCCAACCAAUUUAACACUGGAGCAUGAUAAUCAAGAGAACGUAAAGGUACACUGGGACACUGGCUAUUUAAAAAGUAAUCCUCUUCAUAAUCACCUGAUUUUUCAGAUUCAACUUACCAACAAGCAAGACCCAAAUGAGCUGAAAAACUUUGACCUCAAACAAGGAGAACUUUCCUAUGAAAUAUGCAAGAGCAAGCUGAAGCGUGGAUAUGAUUACAGGAUUAAAGUCAGGUCAAAACCAGGAACUAACUUUUUAACUGGAACAUGGAGUGACUGGGCCCCGGGUGCUGAAUGGCAUAAUGAUUACUGUUUAACAGACACUGAAAUUAUGAUGGUUGCCAUCCCAAUUUCCGGAGUACUAGCUAUCUUAUUCAUUUUAUUAUGCUAUUUCCUCGUCAUUAUUUGUAGGAAGAAGUGGCAGGAUAUUCCAGAUCCAUCAAAAAGUCAUCUGGCCCAGAGCAAACUAUUCAUGCCAGAUAUUGGCUAUUAUUCACAGGAACCAGUGUCAGAGCCAGCCUUGAAUAAUAACAUCUUGUCAUUAAUUUCUAAUAAACCAAGUCCAAAUAUAACUCUAGUUAACUGGUUUAACAAGUUGAUCUUUGGCGAGCCUGAAGACUAUUCUUUCAAUGGCGAUCGUAACAUUUUUGAAAGAGAAGACCCGAUAAAUUCACUUCUUAUCCCUGAGUUUACAGAAGUUGAAUACAUGGUGGAUAUCUGCCCACUUAAGGAUGAUCCAAGCAAUCCAAGCAAGGAUAAAAAAGAAGUUGAUGCAUUAGAAGACUUGGGAGAUCUACCUUUAGAGUUUGACAACUCAAUCAAUAAAAUGUUUCUUGAUAUUUUAAAUGAAAACCCUGUUGAACAUGAGGCACAAGUAACAAAUGACAUAGUAAGACAUGUUGCCGACAAAGAAAAUGCAUUUCAGAAUGAAAAAGAUUUUUCCCUUUUCAAGGAAAUCUGUGCGAAACAAGUACCAUAUGUGUCACAGAUUGCAACCAACUCUGUGUGCUCUUAUUACAACUGCAAGCAAGAUAGUUCUUUAGUAACAGACCUGUCAAAAUGUUGUUGUAAUAACCAUGACCAAAGUUUUCCACUGGAGUCGCUUCCUUACCGACCAGCAGGAGGAUUUGUUAAGAACAAUUUAGAUGAUGGCUUUGAUGAUGAUGAUGAUGACGUAUGUAAUAAAUUGGACUACAGCCUCCUUGCCAAGACAGCUGUAAUGUUACAAAACAAAAAUAUAAUCUUGAAUAGUUUAACGGAUGAAGAAAACUGUCUGUCCAUGAUUUUGGAAAAGUCCCAUAAGACAUGCCCUAGUGGCAAAUUUAAUCACAUGGCAAAUCUUUUUCUGUCUUUCUCCCAUAACAGACCCGAUGAACUUUGUUUCCAGCAAAAUGUAAUAAACAAUUCAGUCAAGUUGACAGUUUGCAACCCAACCGAAACCACUUUCAAGGAAGCACAAAAUGAUGCAGCAGAAACACAUGCCCCUACUAUGAUUGAAAUCUGUGGAUACCAGAGCUUUGUAGAUGCAGUUCAUCAAGAAGAAACACUGACUCAUUGUACUCUUGGAAAUACCAAAAUCCCCAUUACUGAAUAUAAAUCUUUUGAUAGCGCCCUGCAGGAGGCAAAAUAUGAGCCAGACUUGGAAAAUGGCAACCGCAUCUGUGAUUCACCCAUUCUUGUGUUUGGUGACUCUUGUAAUGGAGAUACAGAAGUGAAAAGAAUGUACAGUUAUGCCCUCCAAGCGCCAGUGAAUGAUGGUAGUAUAAGAAAUAAAAACUUGGUAGAAGUUCUUGGGUGCGAUUGUUCUGAUUCUCGAAAUAGCCAUUUCAAUGAGAGCUGCUUGGAUAAUUACUGUAAACAUGUUACAGUAUCAAUGAAGCAACAGUCUAUGUCUCCAGUUUCUUCCGAUCACUCCCACAGUGAAGGCACAGCAGCAAAUGUUCAUCAGGUAGAACAUGAGAAUAAUGGUGGGUCCAUAUAUGCUUUGACAUUUGACAUAUCCAACCAUUCCAGGAAUUUCAAAAAAGCCAUGGACUUAAAAUCCUCAGUUGGCAAGAACGAUGAUAAUAUUGUGAAUACGUUUUCAUUUAAACUUGAUCAUUUUAAAUCAAAUACCGAGAACGGAUUUGCCUCCGUUCAGAAUCACCAUUUUUUGGAUUAUCCAUCUGAAAGGCAAACGCUGGAAUUUGAAAAUAUCUCAUAUUUACCUAGCGUUUAAUCAUUAAAAACCAACCACAUCUGUUUCAAUGACUAAACAUAAACUGAUUGCAAAGGGAACACUUUUUCUUGUAUUUCUUUGCAUUCAAUGAAAGACACUGGAUCACUUUAACAAAAUUUAGGUUCAUAUCCUACUUAGAAAUUGUAUGAUGGAGGCUGCGGUCAAACAUGCAGACCAACGCGAGCCAUUUCACAGUGUUCACAAAGUUUACACAAGUUAAUAUGUAGAUGCCUGAGAGAGAGAGACCACCCCCUUUAGACAUGAAGCAGUGUAGUUGGUUCUUCACAUUGGGGGCAAGGAGGUUGUGUGAUGGCCUGCUGGGUGAUGUUGUGAUGGCUGAGAUUUUAAGAUCUAUAGUAGGUUUAGUAUCAGUUUUUGUAUAUUUUUGUAUAUUUUGUAUAUUUUAAUUGGGAUAAGUGAUGGGUUUCGCCGUUCGCGAAUUUUUUGCUGGGACAAAUUCGCCCAUCACUAAUUGGGAUAUUGUUCUAUUUAGAGAUUAA